AAGCUUUGAGAUUCAUGCAAUGUGUUUAUUUUUGGGGCGAGAGCGUUCAUCAGAGUGAAACACAGGGUGGAGAAGCAUACGGCAUCUUUCGAGGACAGCUGGAGGAAGGGGAUGCUGGGAUACGUCUCACUAAAUGGUAGCGUGAGCGUGUAGUGAUCCAGCAGGAGUUUAGGAACCCCUGCGGUGAGUGCCAUCCACAAAUCAUGGUGCCACAUAACCGACAGGCCUCUCCUCGCGGCAGAGCCUUGUCCCUCCUGCUGCUGCUCUGCCUGGCAGUGCCAAUCCAUGCAGACAGCAUGCCGAGUUUCGUUAAGACUCCUGAAGAUCAGACAGGGAUUUCUGGAGGGGUGGCAUCCUUCGUGUGCCAGGCGGUCGGAGAGCCCAAACCACGAAUCACCUGGAUGAAGAAGGGCAAGAAAGUCAGCUCUCAGCGCUUUGAGGUAAUAGAGUUUGAUGACGGCUCAGGCUCCGUCCUGCGGAUCCAGCCAUUACGGACACAUCGAGAUGAGGCUAUUUACGAGUGCACAGCUACCAACAGCGCUGGAGAAAUUAACACUAGUGCUAAACUCACUGUAUUGGAAGGAGAUGCUCUGGGUGAGGAACUUGAACUUUAG